CUAAUUCUAUAGUCUCCUCCACCAAUGCCGGGCCCCAGAGACCACUUCAACGUCCCGCUGAGGCGCGUCGCCAUCGGCAACCGCGACGAGUUCAGCCAACCCGGCGCCAUCAAGGCCGCCGUCGCCGAAUUCAUAAGCACCCUCAUCUUCGUCUUCGCCGGCUCCGGCGCCGGCAUUGCCUACAACAGCCUCACCGGAGACGGCCCCGCCGGCCUCAUCUCCGCCUCCAUCGCCCACGCCUUCGCCCUCUUCGUCGCCGUCGCCAUCAGCGCCAACAUCUCCGGCGGCCACGUCAACCCCGCCGUCACCUUCGGCCUCUUCGUCGGCGGCCACAUCACCCUCUUCCGCGGCAUCCUCUACAUCAUCGCCCAGCUCCUGGGCUCCACCGCCGCCUCCGCCCUCCUCAUCUUCACCACCGGCGGCAUGGCCGUUCCGACGUUCGGCGUGGCGGGGAUCUCCGCGUGGUCAGCCUUGGUGUUCGAGAUCGUGGCGACCUUCGGGCUCGUGUACACCGUCUACGCCACCGCCGUCGACCCCAAGAAGGGCGAGAUCGGCAUCAUCGCGCCGAUUGCCAUCGGUCUGAUCGUGGGGGCCAACAUCUUUGCGGCCGGCCCGUUCACCGGGGCCGCAAUGAACCCAGCCGUGGUUUUCGGGCCUGCAAUGGUGGGCUUCAGCUGGGCCAACCACUGGAUCUACUGGGCCGGCCCGUUCGUUGGGGCCGGGCUGGCCAGCGUCAUCUACGAGGUCUUCUUCAUCACCCACACCCACGAGACCUUGUCGGACUACUGACAAAUUCAUCAAACUUUGGAUCUGUGUUGAUGAAUUUCUGGGGUUUAAUUUUUUUGUUUCCGGUUUCAAGUUUGAAGAUGGAGUUGGGUCGUGUUUUUCCACAUUCGUUUCACCCUUCAAAAACUCGGGUUUACUCUUGGGUUUAAUUUAAUAAGCUCUUGUUAAUUCUACUUACUUUUUUUGUG